UUGCAGUUCUGGAUCUCGGUUCUGGAAGAGAUGGCGACUGCGACUCGGCUGCUGGGACGGCGUGUGCGGAGCUGGAAGCUGCGGCCGCAGCUGUCGCCCCUGGCCGGCCUCGUUACCCAGCGCGCCCAUUCGCUGUUGCCUGUGGACGAUGUGAUCAACGGGCUAAGCGAAGAGCAGAAGCAGCUUCGACAGACCAUGGCUAAGUUCCUUCAGGAGCAUCUGGCUCCCAAGGCCCAGGAAAUUGAUCAUAGCAACGAGUUCAAGAACCUGCGAGAGUUUUGGAAACAGCUGGGGAGCCUGGGAGUAUUGGGCAUCACAGUCCCUGUUCAGUAUGGUGGCUCUGGCUUGGGUUACCUGGAACAUGUGCUGGUGAUGGAGGAGAUAUCCCGAGCUUCUGGAGCAGUGGGUCUCAGCUAUGGCGCCCACUCCAACCUGUGCAUCAACCAGAUUGUGCGCAAUGGGAAUGAGACCCAGAAGGAGAAAUACCUCCCCAAACUGAUCAGCGGUGAGUACAUUGGAGCCCUGGCCAUGAGUGAGCCCAAUGCUGGCUCUGAUGUUGUCUCCAUGAAGCUAAAGGCAGAAAAGAAAGGAGAUUACUACAUCCUGAAUGGCAACAAGUUCUGGAUCACCAAUGGCCCCGAUGCUGAUGUUCUCAUUGUCUACGCCAAGACAGAUCUAACUGCUGUGCCAGCUUCUCGGGGCAUCACGGCCUUCAUUGUGGAGAAGGGUAUGCCUGGCUUUAGCACCUCCAAGAAGUUGGACAAGCUGGGCAUGAGGGGCUCUAACACCUGUGAGCUCAUCUUUGAAGACUGUAAGGUUCCUGCUGCCAACAUCCUGGGUCAUGAGAGCAAGGGUGUCUACGUCCUGAUGAGUGGGCUGGACCUGGAGCGCCUGGUGCUAGCUGGCGGGCCCCUUGGGCUCAUGCAGGCAGUCCUUGAUCACACCAUUCCCUACCUGCACGUGAGGGAAGCCUUUGGCCAGAAAAUUGGCCACUUCCAGUUGAUGCAGGGGAAGAUGGCAGACAUGUACACCCGCCUCAUGGCAUGUCGGCAGUAUGUCUACAACGUUGCCAAGGCCUGUGAUGAGGGCCAUUGCACUGCUAAGGACUGUGCCGGUGUGAUUCUUUACGCAGCUGAGUGCGCCACACAGGUAGCCCUGGAUGGCAUUCAGUGUUUCGACAAGGUUGCACAGCCACCCUAGCAAAUGGCCAGCAAGGGGCGCCGACCCAGGGCUUGCCUGGUGGAAGCUGAAAUACAGGAUUCCAGUAGCAGUUGUUGGACUCGCAACCUAGGUCAGGUCCAGGGUCUUCCCUGUGUGUCCCUCCGCCGAGGCACCUGGCGCCACCGAGCGCUGCACUGGCUCGUCGGACCAGCUCGGAUGCAGCGUAGAGCUCGCCUGACCCCUGCCGGCUGCACGCGGAGUCGCAGUCGCGCAGGGCCCGCGGCACUCCGCCCUUCACUGGAGUGCCUUGGAUGCACGGAUUCCAGUCAGAAAUUACACGACUCAGGGAUCAACGAUAUUUUAUUUUAUUAAACGAGGACAUUAAAGAGGAGAUAAGUGGCUGUCAUCUAGCACCAUUUUAUACAAGAAGGGCCACAUGUAACAAAAAGAAAAAACAUAAACUCAGAACAAAGGCCAGGGUUGUAUUAAAUUUUCGUAUGUGCUUUCUGUGUAUGGUUUCAAAAUAUUGUAGUAUGAAAAGGAUUUUUUUUUUUUUAAAGAUUGUCUCCUUUCUCUCCCUGCCACCCCCAUUGCCAUUCCUAGGACAAAAUCACUUUGAGUCUUUAGGGGGUUUCUUUUGGUAAUUCAUACCUCUAAGUGAUAGGCUUAUUGAUUGAUUUAAUUGGAUAUACUUGUAAGGAUAGUUCUUUAAAGUUCUCACAUUUGAUUUCUGACAAUCUCACUAUAUGCUCUUCCACCACCACCACCCCCACUUCCGGGGACCAGCCCUGUUGAUUUGGCAAGCAUUUGGAAGCCCUGGGAUCAGGUGGUACAGAGCCCUGUCCAUAUUCUUGGCUGGCCCCUGCUCCUGCCGAGACCCCAGAGCCACACUAGUGCAGGGUGAGGCCUUUCACCUUCCAUGCUCCACCUGGUUAUUCUAUCAAGAAGCCAUUCUGAAAUUUGGCCUCUCCUGCAUUCACCUCUCUCCUCCCCUGACAGAAGCUAGCCUGAUAUCUCUUAAAUAUUGCUUGGAUCCACAACAAUCUGCCAACUUUCCUGCCUACUUCUAGUCUACACCCUCAAUCUAGUUCUAUACUGAUCCAGUGGGGUCUAUCAAGCUCACCCAUAUAUCCUUCAGCAGCUCCCAGCACCUUUAAGAGCUAAGAUUUUAAGCUGGGCAUAGUGACACGUGCCUGUAAUCCUAGGUACUCAAGAAACUGAGCACGGAGAAUUGCUUGAGACCAAGAGUUCAAGGACAGCUUGGGCAAUACAGCAAGACCCAGUCUCAAAAAAAAAAAAACCUAAGGUUUUGCAAGGCAAAUAUGGCUCUGACCUCCCCCUCCUGUUAACUUCCCUCCCUCCCUACUGAGUGCCUGUGUUCUUGUUGAAAGUUCUCCUUGCUGUAUUUUCUUAGCUUGUGCCCUAACUGAUCCUUCAGCCAAGAAAUCCUUUCUGCUCUUUCCUAUGCUCUUGCUUCCUUGUCCCUAAAGCCUCAAUCCAGGGCCUGCCUCCUCCAGGAAGACCUCUGUUCCCCAGCCUUUCCCCAAUCCUGUCCCCACCUCACCCAUCCCCCCUCAGCAUAUCUGCAUCAUUGAGCUUGCCAUGCAGUUGUACUUAUUUUAUGUGUGUCUGUUUCCCCUGCAUUAGGCUAUGAACUUGGGGAACGGGUCUGAUUUCACCAUCCAGUACAGUUCUUGGCAUAUAAUAGAUGCUCAAAUGUUUAUUGAAAGAGUAGAUAGGUAGUCAUGUAACAAUUAGCUCACAUUUUGCUGGUACCAUAGGUACUUGGGUGUGUGGUCACCUCUAGUGUUAUUUAGGAUUUUUGAGGUCAAAGACCAUCUCCCACUUCUCCGAAUCCUUCAACAGCACCCAGUGCUUUCAGUGAGUACUCAGUUGCUAUGUUCAUGCUGAAUGAGUGAAACAACAGGUGGGCCAGAGCCCUGGCCUAAUCCCAGAGUUGGCACAAACAGCAGGGCCAGCCGGCUUUGCCUGGCGGUGCUCUCCUCAGGCCUUCCCACCCUGCCUGGAGUAGUUAGGGCCCAGCUGCAGAAGAGAGGCCCUCACCCCCCAUAUCCUCUGACCCACUCAGAAACUGAAGAAAGGAGCUGUUAUAAGGUACUCUGACUCCUCCUCUGCCAGCUGGGGACAGAAUGGGGGCUGAAUGGAAAAGGGGGGCAGAGUAGGGCUAUUGUGUAAAAUGUAUAGUAUAUGGAAGAGUAUGUAACAUGCAUAUAGGCAGGGUAAAAUAUAAAGUACCAGUACCCAGGCCAAUAAAGAAAAAAUAUUCCAAGUAUCUUUGAA